ACUGUCAGUUAUUGAUUUUUAUGAGAAAAGUGGAUCGAUUGAAAGAUAUUUUAUUAAUGUUUAAAUAUUAGACUAUUAAUAAUUGGCAAUGAAGCUUACUCCUGAUAUUAAUAAUACGGAAACGUACCAAAAACUGUUUGCGAAACUUCAAAAUCCCGAUGUUAAUUAUCAAAAAUUUGUCAAGAAUCUGGCGAAAUACCACUUUCAAGUAAAAGCUGUAAUACAGGAUAUUUUAGGAUGCGAUUCUAUGGAUAAGUUAAAUGCUCUCAAUGAAAAGGGUAGAGCUUCACUCACAGUGCUGAGAGAAGAACUUGAUAGUUUGGAUUUAUAUGGACAUGAAAGCGGUGAUGAGAAGUUUCUUGUUGAAUUAGAAGCUCAAAAGCAUUCUCUCGCAAAACUUUUACAAGAAUUUAGAGAUGCAAAUGUAAAUACUUUAUUCAAUAUUGAAAAAGCACAAAGAGAGGAAUUACUUAAUUCUAAGAUUGAAGGUGAAUCAAAUUUACGUAAUAGGAAAAAGCCUGGGAAAAAAGAUGGACUGUCAAUGAGUUCAGGUGUGACAGAACAGUUAUUGUCAAUAAGUAGGCAAUUGGCCGACACAACGCAAAGAAGUCAGGCCACACUAGAUACUCUGGUUUCAUCUAGUUCUGCUGUACAUGGCACACAAUCGGAGUUAGAGAAUACAGCUGGUACAAUUUCUCAAUCAAGCAAGCUGUUAAAUAAAUAUGGAAGACGGGAGUUCACUGACAAAGUGAUAAUGUUCUUUGCAUUCUUGUUCUUUUUAGCUGUAUGCCUUUAUAUUGUACAGAAAAGGCUGUUCUAAUUUGUAUUUCCUGAUAUGGAUUGUAUAUCAUUAUUAUAUGUAAUAAUUUUUAUUUAAUAUUAAACAAUUAUCAUUUAA